AUGCGAUUCACCACUCUCCUCCCAGCCCUGCUCUCCACCCUGAGCCUGACUAGCGCCCUCCCGAACGGCCAACCGUCAACCUGGCAAGCCACCAACUUUGAGUUGAACUGCUCCCCAGGCGGCUGUGGGUACCGCUUCAACAUCACCGGCUCCAAGUCGGAAAACUCGCCCGCGUUCGCAACCUACUGCGAUGGCAUUACAGAAAACACCACUGUCUGUGCCGACUCCUCCAUCACCGCGUACAUCAAACCUUUGACCAAUCCCACCUGGAAUGUCAAGGUUCAGCAUGAGUGGCAUAUCAUCGAGGAGUCGACCAACUCCGAGCAGAUCUAUUGGCAGUCCGGCAAUACCAAUGUCACCGAGACCACCACGCAGUUCCAGAUCAAGCCGAACGUCUUCUACGGCGUUGCCUAA